UAGUUGUAUGAUCACUACAUGAGUGAUUCAUAGUUUGUAGAUAGGUAGGUUAUAAAGCACCUGCUUAAUAUAUUGGCAUACACUUUAAAUUUUUAUUUUCUUAUAGUUUGUGGACUAUUUAAUCAAAUAUAUUUGCGCUGGUCUGAGCCAAUUACCGUUAACAAGUCUUACUUAAACAUACUUUUGAGUGAAUGUUUUAUCUAGCCAGUAUAAUCCCGUUCCGUCCCACGCAUGUUUUUUACGUACGGAAAUUGCAGCUCAAUUACAUAUACAAUUGACACGAACUGUGUAAACAACGUUUAAAUAGAACACGGCAAACUAGCAGACUGGUAUCAGCAGACAGAAUAUAUUAAAUUUGAUUGAAGAGGCGAGGAUGAUUCACAAUGGAAGAAAAAAACACACGGCGAGGGACGGCGGCGGAGAACGCGGGUGACGCACUGUCCGAGUCAUUGAUCCCGAUACAUUCCCGGGCUGUCACGCGGCCCGACGCCAUGGAGGAGCCCGCGCGCCCGUCUGAGCCGCUCGUCCCGCCGCUGGUGCUAGCUGUGUAUAUCGCAUGCGUCGCCGGCGCUGGCGCUCUGGCCAAUUGCUCAGUGUUGGCUGCCCUUUUCAAAUCAGCAAGAAAUGGUUUAUCAGCAAUUAUUAUACAAUUAGCCUUAGCUGAUUUCGCACUCAUUGGAACAUCGAUAUCUCCAGAAUUAUGGGCUUGGAACGCAAGAAAAUGGCAUUUCGGUAGCAUCGGAUGUUCAGCUUAUAGAGGACUAAAUGUGUUCGCUUCGACAGCAUCCUCUUAUUUAAUCGUAACCAUUGCUCUUCAUACAUUGGCAAUAUUUAAUUUGGAAGAGAAGUUAAUCAAACGUAGAAAUAAAAGAAGCCAUCCAGAUGAUGAUGAAAUGAGGUCAUCCCAACACAGCUUGGUCGCGAACAGUGACUCCUCAACACCACCACGAACUAUGCACGUCGACUACAGACUCGCGGAAACUAAAGUUCCAGUAACACCACCGAGUGCUUUUGUUUGGGUGCUAUCGGCAUCCCUGAGUAUUCCAGAAUUUACUCUGGCGACAACGAUUCACGAAGAUCACGACUACGUGCUAUGUACUUCUGUGGAUACCAAUCAUAGAGUGAACAUGCAAACUAUGCUUGCAAUAUUUGAUCUAGUUUUACCUAUAAUAAUAAUGAGUGUUGCUGGAGCACUAGUAGUAAACAAAUUAAAAUCAAAGAAACUAUAUGAAAUUUAUAAUUAUGAAUCAAUAGCAGCAUUGAAAUUAUCAUUUUGGUUAAUAAUUGUGUACAGUGUAUUUUGUGUACCCCGAUCAAUCGCCUCAGUUUACCAUGUUUAUUCAGUCUCAAAAAGUGUAAAUGAAAUAUCGCCAAUUGACCAGAUACCAAAAGAUUAUACGACUGCGGUUAUAAGGUUGGCAUUUAGCGGCAUUUAUCUAGCAGCAACUGUAAUACGUCCUUUGUUAUGCAUAUUUAUGACACCAAGCUUAAAAAAAGUUUUCUGUGUAAGAGAUGUAAAUAUGGAUUGUGUAUAAUAAUGUGACAGAACUAUAAAGUUAAUAAUGUGUCUUCAACUAAAAAAUAUAGAUAUUGUGAUAUAAAGCCAAUUAAAUCAAUAUAAGUAAACGAUCGUGUACAUUUUAUUAGAUGCAGGUAAAUUAUUAUAACGUAUUAAUUUGAAGUGAAGUGCAUCAUGCGUGUAUUAUCUACAUACUUAAUCGAUUGUAGUGUGUAAUAAAAUAUUUUGUAUUUUUAAUCACGAAAAGAAUUAAUAUUUUUAUAUUAGCUGUAACUUCUUAAUUAGUAUUGUAUGAAAUUACGUUUUAUAAUAUUGAUAGAAAUAAAUAAAAUGUAGCUAUCACAUA